AUGCAAAUACCAAUCACCGACCAUUUUCUUUCUUCUUUGGAACUUUUUCUCCUCUCAUCUUUUCUGUUAAAUAAGAAAUCAAAAAGCAAUUGUUGUGUCUUCUAUAAUUCAGUUGAGUUUUGA